GAGCUCUACGGACGUCUCUAUCUUCAUACCUCUUCGGGAAUCGGAGUGAACUCAAGUGCCGACCGGAAAAUUCUUUCGGCCAAGAAAGGUCUUAGAAAAAGAUCUCAAUCGAUUGUGUUUUUUGUGUAAUACCCAUUGGAUGUCUUUGAACGCCGAACGAUCGUACAAAAUGAAGCUGCGCGACGUGGAAAAUGCCUUCAAAUACCGGCGUAUACCGUAUCCCAAGCGUUCCGUGGAGCUGAUCGCCCUGCUGGCUAUUUCGUGCACCUUCUUCCUGUUCAUGCACACGAACAAAUUGAACAGUCGCCUCAAGGAGAUGGAGGUGAAGCUGCAGCCAUCGGAGUUUUCGGCCCUGGGUCUAACGGGCAACCACAUCAGCGGACACGAUGCGGGCAAGCACGACGACAUCAACACUCUGCACGGCACCUACCAGUAUCUGAAAAGCACCGGCCAGAUGUCCUCCUUAAACGUGCGGGACUUGAAUAAUACCCGCAAGGCCCAAAUGGAACUGGUAUUCUUCAAUAGAGUUCCUAAAGUUGGAAGUCAGACGUUCAUGGAGCUUCUUCGACGACUUUCCGAGCGUAAUAAUUUUCAGUUCCAUCGCGAUGCAGUCCAAAAAGUUGAGACAAUACGUUUGGCGGAGGACCAGCAGCAGGAAAUGGCCGAGGUGAUCAGUGAGCUCCCGGAACCCUCAGUCUUUAUAAAGCAUGUGUGCUUUACAAACUUUACCAAGUUCAACCUGCCCAAACCAAUUUACCUAAAUGUGGUUCGUGACCCUGUGGAGCGUGUCAUCAGUUGGUUUUACUACGUGAGGGCUCCUUGGUAUUUUGUGGAGCGGAAAGCAGCCUUUCCCGAUCUACCAUUGCCCCAUCCUGCUUGGCUUAAGAAGGAUUUUGAAACAUGUGUUCUUAAUGGCGAUCAGGAGUGCACCUAUACUCAGGGAGUCACGGUGGAGGGAAUUGGCGAUCAUCGCAGACAGAGCUUAUUUUUCUGCGGUCACGACUACGAGUGCACGCCUUUUAACACCUUGGGUGCUCUUGAACGAGCCAAAUUUGCCGUAGAGCAGCAGUAUGCUGUUGUAGGUGUACUCGAAGAUCUCAACACCACACUCUCCGUCCUGGAAAAAUAUGUACCACGAUUUUUUGAAGGAGUUCGAGAAAUUUAUGCAACUAGCGCUGAAUACUUAACGAAAAUCAAUAAGAACAAUUUCAAGCCGCCGGUCAGCGAACAUGUAAAGGAUAUAGUGCGUCGGAACUUUACAAACGAGAUCGAGUUCUAUCAGUUUUGCCGCCAGAGACUCCACAAACAAUAUUUAGCUGCCCACUUACCCCAGCGAAUUAUCACAGAUUCAGCUCAUCUGCCCGGCCUAAUUGGCAAUUAAAUUGGAUACUUUAAAAAUCGCGAACAAAUGUAGAAACAAAUAUGACCAACAAAAUUGUACUCAAACCUGUAGUCAGCUAAGUUCCCCAUUAUGUUUUAGCUAAAUGAUUGUUUUUCUUGUGUAU